UUUACCUUGUGGUGUUUGUAGAUCUCAAAAUCCUUCAUCUGUGCGAACUCAAAACCUCUGUGCCAAGUACCUGACAAUUGCUCCAAUGGAUACCUCGACGUCCUCGUCUUCCUCCUUAAAACGUUGGAAGUACGACGUGUACUUGAGCUUUCGACGUGAAGACACACGCAAGAACUUCACGGACUACCUCUACCUCGCGUUGAAAGACGCCCAAGUCAACGUCUUUAUGGACGAUGACGAACUAAGAAGAGGGGAAAGUCUGAAAAACGACCUGAUUCAGGGAAUCGAAGGGUCUAAAAUCGCUGUCAUCGUCUUCUCAAGGUGGUAUGCGGAGUCAAGUUGGUGUCUUGACGAGCUUGUGAAGAUCAUGGAGUGCAGAAGAACACUGGGUCAAAUUGUUUUUCCAAUAUUCUAUGAUGUCGAUCCUUCAGAUGUCAGGAAACAGACCGGUACUUUUGCAACAGCAUUUCUGAACCACGAACGGCGGCUGUAUGAAGUCAAAGAAAAGUUACAGCUAUGGAGAGACGCUCUUACUGAAGCUGCAAAUUUGUCUGGUUUUGUUUUUGGAGACGCCGAUGGGUAUGAAGGAAAGUUUAUCAGGGAAAUUGUCACUCAGAUCAGCAGAGCCUUGAACCGCAGCACAUGCUUAGAGGUAGCCACCAAUCUAGUUGGAAUUGGUUCUCGGGUGCAAGCAAUCAGUAAUUAUUUAGAUGUUGGGGGAUCAAAUGAUGUUCGCAUAAUUGGAAUUUGGGGUAUGGGUGGAGUGGGUAAAACAACCGUUGCCAAAGCCAUAUUCAACAAAUAUCAGGAUACGUUUGAAGGUAAAAGUUUCCUUCAAAAUGUGAGGGAAAGGAAAUUGGUUCAAGUGCAAGAGCAACUUCUUUUUGAUAUCUUGAAACCGUCCAACAUAAUGGUAAGUAGUGUCGAUCAAGGGAUCUUGGAGAUAGUAUUAAGACUUCACGACCGAAGGGUACUUGCCAUAGUUGAUGAUAUAGAUUGCAUGGAACAGUUAGAAGCAUUAGCUAUAAAACGUGACUCGUUUGGUGCUGGGAGUAGAAUUAUAAUAACCACAAGAGAUGAACAUUUGCUAAAGAUGCUUGGAGUGGAUACGAUAUAUGAACUGCCAGUAAUGAAUAGAGAAGAAGCUCUUAUGCUACUUAGUUGGCAUGCCUUUAGAAAGAACUAUCCUGAGAAAGAGUAUUUUGAACUCACAAGAGAAACUGCUGACUACUGUGGAGGUUUGCCACUAGCACUUGAAGUUGUAGGUUCUUAUCUAUCUGGGAAAAGCAUAAGUGCUUGGAAAGGUGCAUUGGAGAAAUUGGAAAGUCAUACUCAUGAGAAGAUUCAUGAAAGACUUAAAAUCAGCUUUGAUGAGCUAGCUGAUGAUGACCUGAAGGCUAUAUUCCUUGAUAUAUCUUGUUUCUUUACUGGAAUGAACAAGGAUUAUGUCAUGAAAAUAUUGGAUGGCUGUGACUUAUAUCCAGAAAUCGGAAUAAGUGUCCUCCAAGAGCAGUGCCUUGUAACUACUAAUGAUGAUUUCACACUGGUGAUGCAUGAUUUGCUCCGUGACAUGGGAAGAGAAAUUGUGCAUGCAGAAUCCCCUGAUGACCCUGGAAAACGCAGUAGAUUAUGGCAUCACGAAGAUGUGAUUUGCGUAUUGAGGAACAAAUCUGGAACUGAAGCAGUUCAAGGACUCACUUUAGAUUUGCAAGAGUCUGACGAGGCUAGCUUCAGUACAGAAGCAUUUAGAAACAUGCAGAGUCUGAGAUUGCUCAAACUCAAUUACGUGAAGCUCACUGGCAGUUACAACAAUCUGUCCAAUGAGUUAAGAUGGUUGUGUUGGCAUGGAUUCCCUCUGGAGGUCAUACCAGAAGAUUUUGAUCACCCAAACAUAGUUGCUAUUGACCUGAGCUAUAGCAAACUCAAACGAGUUUGGGAGGAUUCCGAUCUGUUGCUUGAGAAGUUGAAGUUUCUUAAUCUAAGUCAUUCCCAUUACCUAACACAUUCACCGGACUUUUCAAAACUCCCAAAUCUCGAGCAAUUGAUACUUCAAGACUGCAAGUGUUUGCUCCACGUUGACCAGUCCAUUGGUCAACUUCAGAAACUUGUUUCGGUAGAUCUUAAAGACUGCAAAGUGCUUAGGUAUCUCCCAAAGAGUUUUUAUAAAUUGACAUCUGUUCAAGCUCUUGAUCUCGCUGGCUGCUCAAAAUUUAGAAACUUGGCUCCGGACUUGCGUGGGUUGGCAUCGUUGAGAGCUCUUACUAUAGAUAACACAGCAUGGAAAUCAAUAUCAACUUCCAUAUUCCAACUGAAGAACCUGAAUUCUCUCUCUCUUUAUGGUUUUGAAUGGCCACUAUUAACCAAUCGUUUGCUUCGUCCAUUAUCAGUGUUUAACACUUUAAGAGAAGUAUGUCUUGCAGGCUGCAGUUUAACUGAUGAUGCAAUUCCUAUGGAGCUUUGGAGACUAAAUUUUUUAGAACAUUUAGAUCUUCAAAGGAAUAGAUUUCGUAGCCUACCAAGUUUCAGUGGUAUUUCAAAGCUUCAAUCAUUGUCUUUGGCUGGUUGCUCAGAUCUUCGUGCAGUGCCAGAGUUACCAACAAAUUUGAAAAUCCUGAAUCUGAGUCAGUGCUUUGCGUUGGAGGGAAUCCCAGACCUUUCUGCAAUGUCAAGUUUAAGAGAACUUCACUCCCCCAACUUCACAGAGAUGCCGGGCUUGCAUAACUCAUUAAAAUCCUUGACAGUGAUUCAUAUGGAAGGGUACACAAAUCUCACUGCUGAUUCUAGGAAGAAGAUAUUACAAACUCCCAAAAGAUCAAGCAAUGAUUCUUUUGACAAGAACCGAACUAGCAAAAGAUUAAGGCCUGAUCCUGGUAAUCAAAUUAAUUAGUACAGAUGAACUGUUACCAUGAUCCCCUUCUUGGCAAUUUAUGUACUUGUCUUCUCGUAUUUUAACCGUCCAUGAGUUCAUGGGGAACCGCGGGAUAUCUUUCAAGGAUGCUCUCGUGGAUGAUGGUUACAGUUUGGGCCAGUUCAUCCUCCACACAAGAGGGGUCACAAUUAAGUCGUUUCACCCACCCCCAAAGUCGAUGGAUCGAAAUUCUUUUUGAAGCCGGAGCCAAAAAUAUAGGUCAUGCUGGAGUGCUUGCUGCUGAAUGCCAAGCCCUUGGAGAUGGUGUAGCUUGUAUACUUCACAAGCGAUAGGAAAAGGUUGAGGUUGAGGGUGACGCAAAAAUUGUUAUGUAAUGUGCGAUGAAACAAUUCCAGAUCAGUGGGAGAAUCAGAAGCCGUUUAAGCAUACUCUAGGGUGGGAAACUUCCUGGAGGGGUGUGCUUGCCAAGCUUUUCUGAGGCUUUGUUGCGUAUCAAUACAGGAAUUCAAUAUAAUUCGUUACAUUUGUUUUUUA